GGGAACACCACGAGUGACUUCCACUACUUGACACAGCAAAGCCCCCCUCGUCUGACUAAAGCUCUAUCGAACCUCAUUGGCUUCUUGCUGCCCUUGGGCCCCCUUUCACCACUUGAUCUUCUGUGAUAAUCGCAUCCUCUCACGGUCUUUCUCUGACGCUCUCCACAUCUACCUCUGGAUAGCAAGUCGGCCCGCCAUGCCACCCAAGGGCCUUUACCACCAGACUGCGCUCCCCGAAGCACGCGGGCUGAAGUAUGACGAGUCCGAUAUGGCUCUAUUCCACGCCAAACUCUCCUACCACUCCACCAUCGAAGCCCGCAUGGCAUCCAAGGACUCCAAUCUAGCAUCGAUCUCGGAUGCCCAGGCGCGGAUCCUCAAGCGCUGGGAGAUGUUAAAGCAGGUGGAGAAGGAGAUGGCAGAUAAGGGCAAGUCUCUGUCACCCGCAGAAAGAAAGCAGCUCGCCCAAUACGAGUGGCGGUAUAAACGACUGGAGGAGGUGGCGACCCAGAGCACUAGCUGAAUUGGAAAAAAAAAAAAACAAAGAAAAGGAACGAGAAGAGAAAAACAAACACAUAUGACAUCGUCGAA